GGCGACAGAUUGAACAAGACUCUUACGGACCAAAGACCUAUUUUAAACGGUUUCGCUUUUCAGAUAAAAUGAUCAUUUCGGUUGCCUUUAUUGGUAGGCCGCGUGCCCGCCGAUAUGCAAAAACAGGCCGGACGGCAGUCUUGUUCCCGAUCCAAACAACUGUCACUAUUACUACAUCUGCCUCGACGACGGGUCAGGACCUGAGCCAACACCUGUCUCCUUCCCUUGCCCGGACGGACAAGAUUUCGACUCCAACACCAACUCCUGCAGGAACCCAGGGUCCUCGAACUUCGAGUGUGAUAAGUCCUGCUUCCCUUGCCGUUACUACUGUAACGAGAAGGAUAUCAUCGCCGACCCGUGGCAGUGCGGUACCUACUACUUCUGCACCGAUGGCAUUCCCAGCCAGGGCCUAAACUGCCCCGCGGAAAAGCCCUACUUUGACGGCGACACCUGCCAGACGGACGAGUCCAGGUGCUGUUCGUGCAUCCCAUACUGCUCCAUCGCCGACGUUAAGCGCCUGGUCGCCGACGUGCACGACUGCACCAGCUACUUUUACUGCUACCAGGUGGGACCCGUCGAGGAAAAGUUCCACAGCAAGUGUCCUGUCGGGAACUUCGACGUCAUGCACCAGAGAUGCAGCGAGACCAUUUCCUGCUUCUCUCCUUGUCAGCAAUAAACAACGAAUCUCCAUUA